AGCAUGCGCACCUGGUGAACCCGGAGCCCCUCGGUACCCACGCUGCACCAUGGCCAAGGCCAACGAUGUCUGGUCCAACCUCGGCCUCGUCUUCUGGAUCGCCUGCCUCCUGCUCUUGGGUCCGGCGAGGGCGGCGGCAGGUCUCUAUAACCUUAGUCUUACUACUGAUGGUCCUGCUACCAUUGGCACAGAAGUGACCAUCUCAGCCAGCCUAGCGGUCAAGGACAAUGGCAGCCUGUCCCUGCCUGCAGACACCCACCUCUACCGUUUCCACUGGUUCCACACACCACUGGUACUCACUGCCAAGACUGAGAAGAAUCUAACCUCGACCAUCCAUGUGGUGGGCAAUGUGCCUGGGGACUUCCCAGUCACUGUCUGGGUCACUGCUGUUGACUGCUGGAUGUGCAAGCCAUUAGCCAGGAGUGCACUGAUCCUCCCCAUCAAAGAGUCUCUUGUGGGAAACCUAGUGAUUACUCAAAACUCCUCCGUGUCUUGGCCAAACUCCUACAUCACCAAGAGAAGCCUUAGAUUCUCCUUUCUCCUCCAUGACCCCAGUGACUUCUUCAAGUCUGCUUCCUUCUUCUACCGAUGGGACUUCGGAGACGGGACCUUGCUGUUCACUGACAACCCUGUGGCCUAUUACAACUAUUCAAGUGUUGGAACCUUCAAGGUGAAUGUCAGGGUGGUGGCAGAAUGGGAGCAGAAAAAGCCGGAUGCCACGAAGGGCAUCGUGCAGAAGAGCGGCGACUUCUCAGCGUCCUUAAGGCUCCGGGAGGCCCUUCAAGGCAUCCAGAUUUCGGGGCCCACCCUCCUGCAGACAUUCCAAAAGUUGACUAUGACCUUGAACUUCCUCGGGAGCCCACCUCUGCAGGUGUGCUGGGGCCUCAAGCCGGAAUGUCUCCAUGUGGAGGACAGAGAGUGCCACCCUGUGUUGGUGACCACCACAUCUUUUAACGUGACCCACGUCUUCCAGGACCCUGGCGACUACUGCUUCAUCUUCCGUGCUGAGAAUGCCAUCAGCAGGGCUCAUCAGUAUCAUAGGAUUCAGGUGUGGCCCUCCACCUUCCAGCCAUUUGUCUUUGCUUUCCCAUGCGCCACGCUGAUCACCGUGCUGCUGGUUUUCAUCAUGUACAUGACUGUGCGGAGUGCUACUCAACAGAAGGACAUAGUGGAGAGCCCGGAGGUCACUGGGCUCAAGUGCUGCUGCCAGUUGUGCUGUGGCUCCCUGUUUCUGGACUCACCAUCCGAGUACCUGGAAAUCGUCCGGGAGAACCAUGGGCUGCUGCCACCCCUUUACAAACCUGUGAAAACUUACAACGUGUGAACUCCCCACCUUGUACCUCUCUGUGUUCACUGAUCACCCAUUGGGAGCUUCGGGCAGGGUGGCAUAUGCUACUGAGCAGGAGGGGUUUACAUGGGUGUGGCCAUUUGCCCAGCCCGGCCACUGAUCUGUACAGUCCAGAUGCUGUCAUGCGUCCUUUGUGUCCCCUCCCAGCUGUCAUCCCCUCAUCUGUGAACUCUAGUCACUGCUCUGCGCCUUCCCCUGUUCCCCCCCUCUCCUGAGCAGGGUUCUGAUAUUUAGUGUGUUCUGUUAAGACUCUUCCAAGUGGACCUGGCUGCCUCUUCCUUGUUGCUUUCACGCUAGCACGGCUGUUGCUCCCUGGUGACGCGCAGCUCUGCUGGAACCAGAGAGAACUAGGAAGGAGGUCACAGAUGGUUAAGGCUGCAUAGUGAAAGGUAGCACACACUCAGACGGGCACGCUGACGGCAAGGAAGGAUACACACGGAAGUGAGGGCACAUCAUCUGCUGGGUGUCUCCAAGGCUUGCUGCCGGGGUGAGUCUGAACCAAAACUCAAAUGCAGUGCCUGAGCCUGGCCCUCUGUCCUUUGUCUCUCUGCAGCUCCGUUACCAGGCCAUUCUGUCCCCUGCCUGCUUGCUGAGAGCUGGGUAGUGGUGUGGGCAGAAUAAACACCAAUGAGUGUAGAAUGCUCUAUACACUGACCCUCUUCUGAGGAAACCCGUAAGAAGGGGUCCACUGGGAAAAAGAGUUGGAGCAAAAAGAAAGGUUGGGCUAGUGAGGACUUGGUACCUCUCCCUCUCCCUCCUUUUCCUCUCCCCCUCCCCCACUCUGUGUUUGUAUGUGAGAUACCUUACCCAUUCGGUUGCUCUCAAGGUAGCAGAAGGAAGAAUCAGAAGGCAAAAGGUACCUUGAAAGAUUUUAAGUAAAAGUCUGAUGUGGUGGUGCACACCUUUAAUCCCAGCACGGGGGAGGCAGAGGCAGGCGGAUCUCUGAGCAGAAUUUGAGGUCAGCCUGGUCUACAUAGUGAGUUCCAGGACAUCCAGAGCCACAUAGGAGUCCCUGUCUCAUAAAAAGAAAGAAGAAAGAAAGAAAGGAAAGAACUAAGGAUGGUAAGUAGGUACAGAUAUAAGCAUCCAGGCUUACCUGCAUGCCUGACACACUAGGACAACCUGCACCUGCUGGAUGGAUAGGCACAAGCGCACACAUCCAGCUGUGCCAGGGCAGCCUGCACCUGGUGGAUAAGGACAGACAAGACUUACAGUCGCUCCCUGUCACUGUAACUGUUGGUUAACCCUUGGACAUCCUGCUGAAACAGUGUUGUCUCUUGUACCCCUCAUUCCCAUGACAUCCUGCCAUCAUUCCUGAAUAAAAGCUUCGUCAAGCACA